AUGCAAGUGUGUUGUACUUUGUUGUACCGCCAUAUUGUGUAUGCAACGCGGGUCAGUGGCGCGUGUGUGAGCAUUUUAUAAGCAUUUUGAUCAAAAAACAGUGCGUGUGUUUCUAGAAAUUGUAUGAAUUCAUAAACCAUGGAUCCAGCGAAAUUAAAAGUAAUCGAAUUACGAUCCGAGCUUUCGAAACGAGGCCUGGAUACAAAGGGUAACAAGGCGGUCCUAAUCGAGCGGCUUCGCCAGGCGCUAGACGAUGAGUCUGGCAAUGAACCAAGCGUACAAGUGGAAUCGAGUCCAGAGCCAGAAAAUGAACGUGAAAAAACGCCAGAACCGUCAAAACCUGCGAAAACGCCGUCAAGGCCAAUGCGCAGCACAAGACAUCAGGAACAAUCGCAGGAUAUUCAAGAUUCACCAGUGCCAAGAACUCCAACACGAGGUGGCACACGAUCAUCAGCCAGAGCCGUGACUCCUGACAAGAAGCCUCCUGUUAAAUCACCUGUUGUCGAAAAAGCACAUGAACUGCCAACAAUUACAGAAACACCUGGCGAGGAAGGUACGCCACAAAAAGAACCACCUUCAAAGAAAAUUGCAAAAAAACAAGAAGAAUCAGCUCCAGUAGCCACUGCAGUGGAAAAAAAUACUGAAAAAAUUAACGUCAGCCCUGAAAAGCAUGAGGCACACGUUAGUCCUGUUAAAGUAACACAGGAAUUGAAAUCAAGUCCCGCUAAAGCAUCACAGGAAUUGAAAGCAAGUCCUGCGAAAGUAAUACAGGAAGUAAAAGCAAGUCCUGUGAAAUUAUCACAGGAAACAGUAAAAACAAGUCCUGUUAAAGUGUCACAGGAAACAGUGAAAACAAGUCCUGUUAAAGCAUCACAGGAAUUAAAAGAAAGUCCUGUUAAAAUUACACAGGAAUCAAAAGUAAGUCCUGAUAAAAUUACACAGGAAUCAAAAGUAAGUCCUGUUAAAAUUACACAGGAAUCAAAAGUAAGUCCUGUUAAAAUUACACAGGAAUUAAAAGAAAGUCACGUUAAAGUUUCACAGGAAUUAAAGGAUAGUCCUGUCAAAGUAUUACAAGAAAUAAAGGCCAGUCCUGUCAAAACUGCACAAACAACUGUUAGUCCUGUAAAAUGUACCGAAACAGUUAAACCUGUACAAGAAUCAUCACCUGCUAAAUCACCAGUUCAAAGUCCAGCUAAAAAUCCACCAGUUGCGCUAGAAAGUCCAGUUAAACCUUCAACACAAAGUCCAAUCAAAUCCCUUCAAGAGAGUUCCGUUAAAUCGGAACAAAGUCCAGUAAAAUCUGAGACAGAGCACUCGAGUCCUGUGAAACCUUCCGCUGCAAGUCCUGUAAAAUCCGAAAAACAAACAACUCCCGUUAAAACGUCACAGGAAAUAAAAUCAAGUCCCACAAAACAAGAAACUAGCCAAAGCGAUGAAAAAAAUAUUCACGAUAAUGUUGAGAAUUUUACGGAGGACAUUGAAAUGAAGGACGACGAAGAGGAUCCAGGCUGUUACGCACAUCUAAUUACAAAUGAGGAAGAAAUGAAAAAUUUCGAUGAGGAAAUGGACAGUUCUGAUAAAUAUGAUCACGAUGUAAAGGAUAAGGACGAGACUAGUGACGAGAUUAAAAAAGAGGACGCAAAGGAAGAUGAAAUUAAAGUGGAUCGAAAACGAAAACGUUCACCGAGUCCUAAUGAUGAAUCAUCAAAAGUUGCAUUUACACCAAGAUCCGAGGAGGAACCCGAAUUGGAAGCAAGUGCAAUGGCUUUGUCUUGGUACGAUUCGGAUUUAAAUCUAGUUAUCAAAAAAGAAGGUUUCAUCUCAGCAACGCCAAUGCACAAUGAUGGUUUUGGUUAUGUGUGGGCCGGUGCACGCGCAACGUAUGGUUUUAAUAAGGGAAAAAUUUUCUACGAAGUAAAAAUUACCGACAAUUGUCAAAUUACCAUACAAGAUGAGGAGAAUUCACAUUUAUUACGAGCUGGAUGGUCAGUAAUUGGUACAUCAAUGCAACUUGGUGAAGAGCCAUUAAGUUUUGGUUACGAUGGAACUGGUAAAAAAUCGACAAAUAAUGAAUUUUCCGAUUAUGGCGAAAGUUUCAAUAAAGAUGAUAUUGUUGGAUGUUAUCUUGAUAUGAGUAAAGAUGAUAAUGUUGAAAUAUUAUAUACAGUUAAUGGAAAUAGUUCAGGACCUGCGUUUAUUAUUCCAAAAACGGAACUUGGCGAUAAGGCAUUAUAUCCACAUAUAUUAACGAAAAAUUGCACAUUUGUUUGUAAUUUUGGACAGGAAGAUCCUUGGAGUAGUACAAUAUUGGAUGAUUUUGUUUAUGUUGGAAAGGUCGAUGUUAAUGAUCGUGUUUUAGGACCACAGAGGCCGGAAAAACGUGAGGAUUGUGAAAUGUUGAUGCUUUGUGGUUUACCUGGUUCUGGUAAAACCUAUUGGUCGAUUAAAUACGCUGCGGAGAAACCUGAUAAAAUGUACAACAUUUUGGGAACAAAUGCAUUAAUUGAAAAGAUGAAAGUUAUGGGAUUACCACGUAAAGCGAGUCAUCAGGGAAAAUGGGAAGUUAUCAUUGAUAAAUGCUCGAGGGCUUUAAGUAAAUUGGUCGAUGUUGCUGCGAGAAGGAGACGUAAUUACAUUCUCGAUCAGAACAACGUAUAUUUAACAGCUCAAAAGCGUAAAAUGCGACACUUCCAAGGUUUCCAGCGAAAAGCAAUAGUCAUUGUACCUUCGGAAGAGGAAUUUCAAACUCGUUCAACCAAACCCGAAUAUGUGGAGAAUAAAUCUACUGAAAGUACAAUUCAAGAAAUGAAAGCUAACUUUGUGGCCCCAACUGUUGGCGAAUCUUUCGACGCUGUUGAAUACAUUGAACUAGGCGAAGAGGAAGCUAAAAAUUUAAUUGAAAAAUACAAUAAAGAAGCUAAGGAAGCCGGAUUUGGUCAACAACAUGAGAAAAAACGUUCUCGUUUUGAAAAAGCUGAUCACCGCGAUGGAAGGAGUAGCCGAGACAAUCGGGAUCGAGAUAAUCGGCGUUCUGGAUAUUCCGAUAGAAAUCGCAAUUCAUCUUGGAGAGGUGGAAGUGGUGGCGGAAGUUCCGGUGGAGGAUGGAGAGAUAGAAAUCAACGUGGAGGUCACAUGAGAUACGGAGGUUCUAAUAAUUGGAGAGGAGGACGAGGUGGUGGUCCAGGAGGUUCGCAACAUAAUCGUGGUGAUAGAAGAGGAGGCAACGACAGACGUUCUACAAAUGAUCGCAAUCGAUCGUCGUCACGUUCCGGAGGUUGGGGUCAAUCUGGUUACCAAGGUUCACAGUCGUCAGGUAGCUGGGGAGGUCAACAGGGAAGUUGGUCAGGAGGUUCAGGAUCAGGAUGGAAUCAAGGUGGAGGCAGUAGCUGGGGUGGUGGCCAACAACAAUGGGGAGGAGGCAAUUGGAAAGGCUAUGGACAGGGUAGUUAUGGUCAAUCUGGUUAUGGCUCGUCAAAUUACGGCAAUGGAAAUUGGGGCAGUUGGAAUAACCAACAGCAGUAUUACAAUCAGCAGUAUUGGGGCCAAAAUCAACAGAGUGGACAAACGACAACAGCUAGUGGUCAAGCUGUAAGCAAACAAUAAUAAUCCACCAUAAUAUUAUUAAAAUAUUAUUUUGCAAGUGGAACAGAAAACAAAUUCAUCGGCUGUUACAUCAUCUUCGAAGAAUUCUGAUGACUCGUACUGAAAAUAGUAACAGUGGCACACAACGUAAAGUUUUCCUACAAAGGACACUUGAUCAACAAAGAAAGUAGGAAAAAAUUUCAAUUCCAAUGUAUAAUUUACAUUAUUACAAGUACUAAGUUCGAAAGCACGAAUAUUGCUUUAUCUGUCAUCACAGUGACUAAUUUACGUACACAAGGACAUUCAUAUUUUUUAGUGUACAUUAUUAAAUAGUCUUAAAAAAAAACAAAAGAUUAAUAGAAAAACAAUCACGAUUAAGCUAUAAUAAUAUUCGAUUGACGAUUUUUAUAUUUAAAUAUCGACUCGUGUAGAGAAAUUAUAAUAAUUUUGUGCAAUCAAUUUUUCGAUUCACAUCGUAUAAGUUUUUCGUGGAAUAAUAUUUUGUUUGGGAUUUUUUUUUUAAUUAUUAGAUAUUAUGACGCGACCAUAUGAUUGUUUUUCUAUUUAUUCAUUUAUAUUUACAAUUUGAUAUUGAUAAAGAACAAAAAAGUUGUAAAAGAGACAACUUUUUUGAGUCAAUCAUAUUAUGAAUAUAAUUAUAGCCCGUUAAUGUGUACAGUAAUAUAAUACUAUAAUAAUGAUAAUGAUAAUGAUAAUAAUCUGUAAAAUCUGCUCUGUACAGCUUUGCAUUCAUAAUGUAUAAUGCAUUUGUAAAAACAGAGUAGAAAUCUUCUAUUUGUAGAAGAAAAAUUUAUUUUAUAAGUUGAAUUAUUAAGAUUUCGUUUGUUUUAGAAAUUGAUAGAUCGUUUAAGUGUAAGUGCUUUAAAAUAAUUAUGUAUUUAAAAUAAAAAAAAACAAAUUUAGGUUUUCAACAACAUCAUAA